CAGACACUCACCGUGGAGGUCGUAUUGUGCAGCGAAUAAAAGCCUUUCAGUAUUUUACCCAACCUCAGUCUUUUGGAGUUAUUGAAGGUGCUUCAUUGAGUGAAGGUAAUGCCAUUCUGUGAGAAGAGACAAGACAGUGAUGAUACAAAGGUCACUUAUGAAAAUCAUGAAGAGAAGAGGUCCCAGAACAGAUCCUUGAGGCACACCACUGGUCACUGACCUCCAUGCAGAAUAUGACCCAUCUACAACCACUCUUUGCUUUCUAUGGGCAAGCCAGUUCUGGAUCCACAAAGCAAUGUCCCCUUGGAUACCGUGCUUCCUUAGGAUGGAAGGUUGGCCCUCCUUAUCCCCGAGUUCCACAUGUGAGGAUUCAACCAACCGUGAAUUGGGAAAACCUGGAAGUUCUCUCUCCAGCACUCAUUGUUUGAGCAUUGUUCGCCUCGUGUUUCGUUCGUUCGCUACUUUGUUUCUGCGAAAAAAUGACACCUAAAAAGCAAUUACGUGGUCAAAGCAAUUCCUCAAAGGCUGAGGGGGAGGUUCUUGGAAGCAUGAAGAGGCGGCGAUACAUUAAGUUGAUGAUGGUGUUUCUGAUGGUUCUAACCCUGUUCUUCUAUUACAUAUUUAACGAUAAAAUUAAACACUUGGGGUUGCAACCCUUAUUUCCUAGGGGUGCUUACGGUAGGAAUUUCACCUGGCUUCUGCAGAUUUCUGGAGUGAUGAACACUGUUGCUCCUCCAAUUAAAUCUAAAAACAGGAACCCGUUCUUGUGUCCUUCAGACAUCAGCUUCAAAAGUUGGCCUGUUGAUAGGAAGGCCAUGCCAGAAACCCUGCCAUUUGGCACAUUGAGCACAGAAAGGUAUUUCCAAGAAGCUCUUGGAAGCUUGCAGCGUUGUGAUCUUCCCGAUCAACUGAAGAACUCCUCUUUUCUAAGUUGUAUUGUUAUUGGCAAUGGAGGAGUACUUCGAAAUCGGAACUUGGGGGAAAAAAUCAACUCCUACGAUGUUGUCAUCAGAUUAAACAAUGGCCCGGUGAUUGGAUAUGAAAAUGAUGUUGGGAAUAAGACAACAUUUAGGUUCUGUUACCCGGAAUCCUUCUUUAAUGACCCUAGCCAGCAUGAUGUCAACACAACAAUGGUCUUCAUUCCGUUUAAGUCUAUAGAUUUGAGAUGGUUGAAAGAAGUGCUCUUAAAGAAGAAAGUGUCCUUGCGUGGCUUCUGGAAAAAACCACCCUUGAAUCUUGCUUAUAAGAAUACUCAAAUUAGGAUACUAAACCCUUCUGUUGUCCAGAGAGCAGCUUUUAAAUUACUGAAUCUUCCAAAAGUGGUUCGACGGCCAAAGCCACCUCAAUACCCAACCACUGGAAUCAUUGCAAUAUCGAUGGCUUUUACCAUGUGUGAUGAGGUUCAUAUAGCUGGCUUCAAAUAUGAUGCUAAGAAUCCUAAUAGCACUUUACAUUAUUAUGGAAAAGAAAUUAUGUCAGCCAUGAAAAAGAUGCUCUAUCAUAAUAUUGCUGCUGAACAAGUACUUUUGAAUGACUUGAAAUCAUCCAAUAGAAUCUUUGAUUUGACUGGAAAUUUUUGAAAGAAAAGUUUGCCAUUCAUCUUGACCAAACGAUUAUGGCACUAAUAUUGAUGGACCACAGCAUCUCAUUGUCUUGAGCUUCCUUUACCUGUACUGAGAACACAAACCACAAAUUACUGAACUACAAAAAUGGCUGUUGCCACAGAUGACUGGAGCAUGCACUUCACGGUUUUGGGGUUUGCUGUCAAGGACUCUCCAACAAAGUUCAUUUGUUGACAAAAGCUGUCGUGGUUGAAACAGGAUUUUUACUAUUAAAAAGCUGUUUAAAAAUGAUUUAACUAAAAUGAUGUCUUUGUUUCUGUAAGUGAUCUAGAAAUGUUCAUGAUUGGUGAUUUUGUCAAGUUGGUUAGGUACAGCGAAAGUGAAUCUGUGCGGGACAGAGACAGUAUUUAUUUAUUGUAUUAUUCCAAGCAGAGUUAUUGAAUAUAGUGCCCCAGUGAUGACUUAGAGUAAUAAAUUAAUGUCAGAUUAAUUUUAUAAUAGAUUUUUAAUUAAGGUAAAAUGGUGGAACAGUUUCAAAUAAAUCUUAAAGAUAUGAUAUACCCUGAAGGAAGAUUAUCUCCUAACGAUUUACACUUAACUUUACAGGGCUAUGGGGCACUUGCUGUUCCUCUUUACUGUGCAAACUACCUAUGAAUGGUAUUUUUUUUAGUUUUGCCAUAGUUCUAUAAAUUGUUUAGCAAGAUACACGCUGAAUUUUUGUAGCCUGAUCUGUUGAAUAUUUACAGUAUUUUCUUGUCUUUAAAUUGGAAAUGGUAGUCCACCUGUUUUCAUUCUGUAUGAAAUGCAUCUUUCAACAAAAGUGGGAAGUUGUGAAGAAUUUAUAUGCAAAGUAGGGCAAAUGGGACAUGUCGUGUCAAAUCAAAUGCCCAAAACCAGAAUCCUGAAAUAGACAAUCUAUUCCAAGCUCUCUCAUAGGAGAAUACAGCCUGGUGGAUAGAAGAAAAGAUUCAGCUCUAAACUCCUGGGGUCUCUGGCUCACAACUAGAAGUGGAGAAGGAACAUCAGGGUUAUAAAGAACCACAAGGCCAUACAACAAAACCAUGCAGGUUCUCAAUCUACCCAUUUAACUGCUCCGAGACACCAUAAGUCCCAAUUGCUAGAUUUUGCAAUUCGCUUCAAAGCCAACAAAAUGAUAGUAAAUCAAAUUCAAAGUACUGGUUUGUCAUCCUCUAGUAGGAAGGCAGACAUAUAAGGGUGUAAAUAUUCAACUUCAUGUGAUGUAUAAAAUACAUAAUAGUAAAUAUCCUCUCUUUAGGUUCCUUUCCAAUUAAGCCAUAAUCCUCAUGCAUAAUGUUGAAUGACUUCUUGACAACCUAUUAAACUGGCCACUUCCUCUACAGUCUGAGAACAAAGCUUUCACAUUAAAAAAUCUGGUCUAACUCCAGUCAUAUUGUGAGGCUCUCUUUAUAUAGAAGCUGCUAAUUAAUAAAUAUAUCCAAGCCACCAGUGAAAUAAAGCUCUGAAUGUUAAUUUAAAAUGUGGCAGGACAGUUUGAUUUCAGAAGUGAGUUUUUUUUAAAGUUAACCAAUGAAAUCUUGAAAAAUUGCCUGUAAAUCUUAUUAAUAUAUCAAUUUUAGUUCAACAGAUUAGCACUUUCAUGACUUCAUUCAUGAUCUUGCUUUCCUGUAUGUUUCACAAUCAACUACAUUCAUUUUAGGAAUUUGAAAAUAUUUAAUGGGCCCCAUAAUAGAAAAUAGGUGCAGGAGUAGGCCAUUCGGCCCUUCGAGCCUGCACCGCCAUUUAUUAUGAUCA